AUGAGAAUCAUCAUCCACCAAGCGGAUAAAAACGCUCAAGGUGUACUCUCUCAACAAUACGCCUACGUCGCGCAACUCCUCCUCUUCCCGGCUCUUUCCCUCAGCAAACUUAGCAUCUGCCUCGCCUACCUCCGAAUCUUCUUCUCCGACACCCGCGGCCGUAUCCUAAUCCGCAUCAUCAUCGUCGUCCUCGCCCUCACCAUUGUCCCUUUCUUCUUUGAAGUCAUGUUCCAAUGCAAGCCUAUCCAUGUGUACUGGACAGAAAUCCGACCCGCCAGCAAAUGCCUGAACGAUUUCGCUGGCUUGAUCAUUAACGGGACGUUGAAUGUGCUCUGCGACAUUGCGCUCAUCCUGAUAGUGAUACCGCGGAUCUGGGACCUCAAACUCAAUCCCAGGCAGAAGUCCGCAUUAAUUGGGAUCGUGAUGUUAGGGUGGCUUGCGGUGAUUGCUGGCAUCGUUCGAAUGGUUCGCGUCGGUACUGUUCUCAGGAUGCCGAAUUUCGACCCACCCUGGGACACAUACGACGUUUCGAUCUGGACUUCGACGGAAAUAUACGCUAGCUUGAUAUGUGCAGCAGCACCGGGUGUCAAGCCGCUCGUUAGCGUGCUUUUACCUAGACUUCUGGGAACAACGUUCAGGAGUUACGCGAGGACGAAAAAGGGAACUACCAAAAAGGGCACGAUGGAACUGGGUUCGAAGAUCAAGAGAAAUUCAUCUCUGGGGACGAGGCAUGAGGCCGUGAGUAUAACACGGUUGACAGAGGCGAAUGGGAUUAGUAGGAGUGAGGUCGUGGGAGGAGAUGAGGAGAGUUUGAAUUGGAAGAAUGAUGGGGGGAGUGUAAGAGAUUCGGUGACAAUUGGGAAUGGGGAAGGGAAGAUCUAUAAGAAGAGUGAGGUUGUGAUUUCGGUUUCUUGA